AUGCAAGCAGCGUGCAAGAAGCGUUCAAAAGAGAUUCAGAGCAUUCGAGUUGCUAAGCUAGAGCAAACAGCGAGCAAGCACAGUGUGCAAGCAGCAUGCGAGAAGCGUUCAGAAGAGAUUCAGAGCAUUCGAAUCGCUAAGCUAGAGCAUACAGCGAGCAAGCAGUGUCAAGCAAGCAGUAUGCAAGCAGCGUGCGAGAAGCGUUCAGAAGAGAUUCAGAGCAUUCGAGUCGCUAAGCUAGAGCAAACAGCGAGCAAGCAGUAUGCAAGCAGCAUGCAAGAAGCAUUCAGAAGAGAUUCAGAGCAUUCAAGUCGCUAA